GUCUAAGACCAGCUCUAACCCAAAUGCUUUGUCUUCGUUCCGAGGCGCCCCGGUCAAAGAGAGCUGAGUAGCAGCCAAUGGAACGGCGCCGCCGUUACCGUUGCCGUUACCGUUACCGUUAGCUGGUUGGGAGUUACUACUUGGAGUCACCCUAUGACGGAAUCAUCAUACAUAGCCGCUUGACCGAUUGCUGCCGAGCAUGAGGUACCCUUAGGAGUCAUGGUUCUAAGCCGAUUACGCCCCUUUUGUAGUUCGGAUCAGAUUGACUAUCCUGUGCCAGGUUGUGUAUUAUAACAAGUAGCUUCGCCUACUCGUGAAUGUAGCUUGAUCAAUUCUUCUUCCUUUAAUAUUAACCCCGCCCCCUAAUCGUUCGUUUCUAGCUUGCUACAACCUUCUCCCUGCUUUAGUUCUUGUAUCUUCGAGACCACGUGCUUCAUAGCAAGUAUACACGUACAUUGACUCUUUAAGAAGAGCUCUUUGUUCCUCAGUGCCCGCACAUCACAUUAUAGAGUCUUUAACAUUUAUACGUUCUUACUGGACACUGCUGUUGUGGUAUACUUGACCUAUCUUGACCUAUCUUGCCCAUCAUGGCGUCAAACAACAUGAUCAACACGGCCGUGGACCCGAAUAUCGAGGACGAACUCUUCCUACAAGAGGUGGAGGCUGUUAAGAAGUGGUGGAGCGACCCGAGAUGGAGAUACACGCGGCGACCUUUCACAGCUGAGCAAAUUGUCUCUAAGAGAGGCCAUCUUAAGAUCGACUAUCCAAGCAACGCACAGUCCAAGAAGUUAUGGAACAUCCUUGAGGAGCGCUUCAAGAAUCGCGAUGCCAGCUACACAUACGGCUGCUUAGAACCUACGAUGCUCACACAGAUGGCCAGAUAUCUAGAUACUGUUUAUGUCUCAGGUUGGCAAUCAUCGUCAACGGCCUCGUCAACCGAUGAGCCUGGACCGGAUCUAGCAGAUUACCCUUACACCACCGUACCGAACAAAGUCAAGCACCUGUUCAUGGCACAGCUCUUCCACGACCGCAAACAAAGACAAGAACGUCUAAGCGUGCCUAAGGCUGAGCGAGCGAAGCUGGCGAACAUCGACUACUUACGGCCCAUCAUUGCGGACGCGGACACGGGCCACGGCGGAUUGACAGCUGUCAUGAAGCUGACGAAGCUGUUCGUCGAGCAGGGCGCCGCGGGGAUCCACAUCGAAGACCAAGCGCCGGGCACGAAGAAGUGCGGGCACAUGGCGGGCAAGGUGCUGGUGCCCAUCAGCGAGCACAUCAACCGGCUGGUGGCGAUCCGGGCGCAGGCGGACAUCAUGGGCACGGACCUGGUGGUGAUCGCGCGGACGGACGCGGAGGCGGCGACGCUCAUCACGACGAGCAUCGACCCGCGGGACCACGCGUUCAUCCUGGGGAGCACGAACCCAAAGCUGCAGCCGCUCAACGACCUGAUGGUGGCGGCCGAGCGCGCCGGCAAGAUCGGCGAGGAGCUCCAGGCCAUCGAGGACGCGUGGCUCAAGCAGGCCAACCUGCGGCUGUUCGACGAGGCCGUCGUCGACGCCAUCAACGCCGCGCCCUCGCUGCCCGCCGGCAAGGAGGACCUCGUCGCCAAGUACCUCGAGCAGGCCCGGGGCAAGAGCCUGUCGGAGGCGCGCGCCAUCGCCCACGGCAUCAUCGGCGUCGACGUGUACUUCGACUGGGAUGCGCCGCGGACGAGGGAGGGCUACUACAGGCUCCAGGGAGGCUGCGAUUGCGCUAUCAACCGCGCCGUCGCGUACGCCCCGUACUGCGACGCCAUUUGGAUGGAGAGCAAGCUCCCGGAUUACAAGCAGGCGGAGGAGUUUGCGGCUGGUGUGCACGCCGUGUGGCCGGAGCAGAAACUCGCGUACAACCUCUCCCCCUCCUUCAACUGGAAGGCCGCGAUGCCGCGGGACGAGCAGGAGACGUACAUCCGACGGCUGGCGAAGCUGGGGUACUGCUGGCAGUUCAUCACGCUGGCGGGGCUGCACACGACGGCGCUGAUCAGCGACCGGUUCGCGCGCGCGUACGCGGAGGUGGGCAUGCGGGCCUACGGCGAGCUGGUCCAGGAGCCCGAGAUGGAGGGCGGCGUCGACGUCGUCAAGCACCAGAAGUGGAGCGGCGCCACGUACGUCGACGAGCUGCAGAAGAUGGUCACCGGCGGCGUGAGCAGUACGGCGGCUAUGGGUAAGGGCGUUACCGAGGAUCAGUUCCAUUAGGUUGCGUAUCUAAGAUUGGGAAGUGAGGUUAGGUUUUGUUUUUGUUUUUGUUUUUUUACGACGUAUUGUGAAGAGAGAAAGAGAGGCAUAUUGUGCAAAGUCAUGAUAUUAAGGGUCAGGUAACUGCCUAUAAAUAAGUAUUAUAGCAUAUAUGGUUCGUCGCGAUGAAGCGUCGGCGACUUGGUUCGGAGUAUUUAAUCGAAUUAUAUAGGUAUAUAUGAGUACCGUUUUACCUAUUUUUAUUCCCUUCUCGACUGGAUCUUCUGGCUCGCGGUUAGUAACGCGAUGUUUUGAAGAAGAGUUGAUUUGCAUAGGUACCUAUAUUUGUAAAAGCUAUAGCCUCUGACGUGGACUUUGAGUACAAAC